UGACACAUGUAGACGCAUGCUGUGAACACAAGGAGCUGAAACCUGGAUGUGUUAGCCUGUAACUGUGGGUGAAUUCAGUCUAAUAUUAGUCCAGUUUGUGUGUGAACAUGGUCGGUAAAAUUAAACAUGUCCGUCAGAAGCUUCACCAGGAGGCGGUGAAGCUGGACGGGCCGAGCAGCAGCAAACAGACUGUUCUGGAAACACACAAAGUACAUGUUCUACCUGUGGAAAAGAAGAAGGAGGACCCCCUGAAAUCUGCUGAACAGGUCCACAACUCCUUCCCCACUGGGAUCUUUGCCGGGACUAAAAUCACUCCAGAAGCCCUCGUACAAACACUGAAGCUGGAGCAACCUCCUGACGUUCCAGUACCAGCAAAGAAAGAGCCGGAAGAAAAGAAAGUCAAGUCAAAGAAAGAGAAGAUGAAGGAGAGGAGAGAGCGCUGGCUCAACAAGAUCAGUUUCAUUAAACAGUUCCAGGAGCAGCAGGCGGCCACGGCGCGCAGACAGGCCACGCCCGUAGUGGGAGACCUGAGGCCAUUGGCCGACGCCCUCCCUGAACUCUGUCAGCUCCGCCCCCUGCCAACACCGACACUUCUGUACGACGCAAAAAAACAGGAAAAACAAAGUGUAAUGAAGAGGACCGAACCCACAGACUUCAGCCAAAUGAAGCAGUCACAGAAACGCAAACUCUUAGAAACGGAGACGAGCCGUUUCAGUGACGCCAUCAAAAGCCUGGCCACCAAAACCAACCCUCUGGCGGAUAUCGGCGAACAGCUGAGGAAGAGGAUGAGGCAGGAGGAAGAGCAGGGUCCAAGCUAACAGAGGGAGGACGGACCCCGACCCAGAAGGAGGACGGACCUGACGCUCCUCAUGGAUUAAAGGAUGUCGGUAAAAACAGUGGGAGAGGCCGACCAAUAAACCAACAAACUCAUGCUGAGUCAGAGCGGAUCAGGAGCAGACGGAGCGUGGAAUCCACAUGGAAACGCAUUUACAGACAUCAGAACAUAUUUAAGAACCACCAUCAGCUCAGACGCAGUGGGUUAGAAAAAAAAAAAUCUAAAACUGUGUGAACUGUGGAAGAACUGGACGCAUUGAAACCACAAAAGAAAAAUAACAAAUAUUAAUAAAAGUUGAUGAUUUUAAAACGUAUGUAUUGUAUUUG